AGGCGGAGCGGCCUCAGUCCCCGCCGACGCCCGGGGCGAAGGCCACUGAUGUAAGGGGCUGAGCAGCCCGAGCUGCUGCGGUCGUAGGGAGCGGGCAAUGGAGGCACGCACUCUCCCCGCACGUCACCAUGAGUUUCCUAAUAGACUCCAGCAUCAUGAUUACCUCCCAGAUACUUUUCUUUGGAUUUGGGUGGCUCUUCUUCAUGCGCCAACUGUUUAAGGACUACGAGGUGAGAAGAGAUCAUUUUGAUGAUGCUAAUAUUGAGGAGGAUGUGACAGGCUUUGCCGUGUCUUGCAGCUCCCGUUACUUCCACUGGAAACUGAACCUGUGCGUCAUUCUGCUGAUCCUGGUCUUCCUGGUGCCUUUCUACAUCGGCUAUUUUAUUGUGAGCAACAUCCGCCUGUUGCACAAACAGCGACUGCUUUUUUCCUGUCUCUUAUGGCUGACUUUUAUGUAUUUCUUCUGGAAACUGGGAGAUCCAUUUCCCAUUCUCAGCCCAAAACACGGGAUCCUGUCCAUAGAGCAGCUCAUCAGCCGGGUGGGUGUGAUCGGUGUGACUCUCAUGGCUCUUCUUUCGGGAUUCGGUGCUGUCAACUGCCCGUACACGUACAUGUCCUACUUCCUCAGGUGGUUUAUGCUUCUUGCCGAGCUGUUUGUCAUUUGUUUGUUAUUUGGGGACUUUGUUUGUUUCCAUUGCAGGAUGGCAAUGACCCGGAGAACCAUGUUCCAGAAGGGGGAGGUGCAUAACAAGCCGUCGGGAUUCUGGGGGAUGAUAAAGAGCAUUACCACUUCAGCUCCAGGAAGUGAGAACCUUACUCUGAUUCAACAGGAAGUGGAUGCUUUGGAAGAACUAAGCAGGCAGCUUUUUCUGGAAACAGCUGAUCUACAUGCUACCAAGGAGAGAAUAGAAUACUCCAAAACUUUCAAGGGGAAAUAUUUUAAUUUUCUGGGUUACUUUUUCUCUAUUUACUGUGUUUGGAAAAUUUUCAUGGUAAGUAUAUUAUUUUCACCUGUCAGAGUUCAGGUGAUCUUCCCUGGUAAUGGCAGAAAGAGGAAAGUGGGUUUGAUGGAGGCAUGGAACUUUAAUCUUCACAUCUCUCUAAGCAGAGAUUUAACAGAUUUAUUCUUUCUAUUUUGGUGGCAGGUGAAGUUCUGGUCCCAGCACAUUUCCUUCAUUCUGGUUGGAAUAAUCAUUGUCACGUCUAUCAGAGGACUGCUGAUCACGCUUACCAAGUUCUUUUACGCCAUCUCUAGCAGCAAGUCCUCCAACGUCAUCGUCCUGCUGUUAGCACAGAUAAUGGGCAUGUACUUCGUCUCCUCGGUGCUGCUGAUCCGCAUGAGCAUGCCCCUGGAGUACCGCACCAUCAUCACCGAAGUCCUUGGGGAGCUGCAGUUCAACUUCUACCACCGCUGGUUCGACGUGAUCUUCCUGGUCAGCGCGCUCUCCAGCAUCCUGUUCCUCUACCUGGCUCACAAGCAGGCACCAGAGAAGCAUAUGACACCUUGAACUCACGGCUGUUGCAGACUGAACAGGCCAGUGAUGUCCACAUUUAGAUAGAACAAGGGAAAGUGGAGGGGACCGGGGCCUGGCAUUUUUUAUACAAACAAGAUGCUGCGGUAGCCUAUUCCACUGCAGCUAUGCCUUCCUCCCAGACGGUACGCUGAUGGUGAGCCGCACUGGUUGGAGCAGAGAGCAGAGAGCCAGGUACCUGAAGCUAGCACGCAGCCGAGAGGUUCCUGUGGGUUUGAGGCUGGUGCGGCGUUGGGAGGGGGAGAAGUCCACUGGAGUCCGGGGUAAGCGAGUCCGCGGCAGCUGGGCCACGCGGGUGGGGUUUCUGCUGAAGUCGAGGUUCACAUGGAGGAAGUUUUGGCUUCCCUGAGAUUGACUGUCAUUAAAAUCCGAGAUUGUAAGUCUGGCCUUAGCUUUAUUUCAUCAAGGACAGCUCCGUGUUUGCUUGUAUGAUCUCACAUGAGUUAGCUACCCCCCCUCCCCCAAUCCUUACCCCAUGAAAAUAACCAAGAGCUUGUCUGUUCUUUCCUGGGGUAGGAUGGGGUGCAACUGAAAGAGAUUCUACCAAGAGAGAUUUCAGGGGUGCCAUUUUUCCUGAUUUCCUUUCACUUAAUAUCAUGUAAGAGUGAAUUAUUCUACAUUCAAUUAAGUAAUGAUGGCUCAUAUUUUCUUCCCUUCUGCCCCUCAUACUGUGGGUAAAACAAUGAAUAACUGCUAACUGGAAUAAGUCACUUUUUUCUCCGACUCAGUUUCUUCAUCUGUAAAAGGAAGAUGUUGGAAAAGUUGUAGAACACUCAGAAAUGCCAUUUAAGAAAAAUCCUUAAUUUUACUACCAGGAAGUCUCUAUUACUAAGGUCUUAUUCUGAAUUUUAUUUUGUUUUUGGUUCCUAGAGGCAAAACAAAAAUUAAAGCAUGAAAUGCUUACCAAAAACACAAUUCAGGUUAGAUCAGUUAACAGGGAAGAUUCAAGCAACUCAAAAGACAUUUUUAAUGGCAUUUAUUUUAGUAACCACACAUUCUUUAAAAAGCAUAAUUUUAACAGGCAAACUCACGUCCUUUCAUUAGCAGCUUCACAUUUACAGAUUUAUGAAUCGUCUCUGGUGCUCAAGGCGCCCAUAGAAGUAAGAGAUCAUCAUACAGAGAAAUACAGUUACGGUGAAGCUUGGAAGAGAUUACAUGAAAAGAAUCUGGUCCCGCCUUAGCUUCUCCUAAGUUGACCAUAAAUAAGCCAUCAUCAAUAGGCACUCGAGACAAAUGACAACAGAAAACAACUGCACGUAAGGGGCCAGUUUCCAGAGCAUUUUUUGCCAAAGACGGCAGGUGGGUGGCCACUCAUCCCUCGGAAAGGAUUCCUAUCAAAUACCCAGAAACCGCGCUCAGCCACAGCCGCAGUUCGUUCUCAUCACAGCCUUGUAUCCUCAGAAUUGGAAGAAGACUGCGAGGCUGUACUGUGGGCCUGUGCAAGAGAAGGCGAAGGGUCUGUGAGUGCUGGAGCGUGGACAUAAGCCAGGGGGUGGGGUCAUGACUAGAAGCUAGGUGACGCGACUUCUACACUUGGCUUGGCUUUCAGCUUGCUGUCUGAAACCAAUUUCCUUUCUGUAACUGACUCCCUGCAGAGAUGUUAUAGAAUUCUUGAAAGACAACGAGAAUACUUUCUCGUUAAGAAAUCUACAAUAUGAUCAGUGGCUAUUACGUGUGCCUUGUCUGAAUAUUUGUCUCUCCCCCAAAUGCAUAUGGUGAAAUCCUUAUCCCCAAGGUGAUAGAAUGAGGGCAUGGCCUGGGGGUGUGAUGAAGUCAGGAGGGCAGAGCUGGGAUUGUGCCCUCAAAAAAGAGGGCCCCAGGGCUCCCCAGCUCCUGCCACCCUGGAGGGGCAGAACAAGAAGUCCGGGUCUGCAGCCUUGGAGAGGCCUUCAUGGGCACCAAUCUGCCGCCACCUUGAGCUUGGACUCCCCAGCCUCCAGAAUUGUGAGAAAUAAAUGUUUGUUGUUUACAAA